AUGGCGCCUGAAGAAAAGUCAGUACCCAAAAGGACACAGAGUUGGUGGGUAGCCUUACCUGUAACAUCGACAGCGUUAUUCGCAUCCACUCUCCUCAUCAUUUGGCAACUCCUCAUCAACUCUGUGGUCCCGGACCCCUAUUUGGACGAGGUGUUCCAUGUUAGACAAGCACAGGCAUAUUGGGUGCAUCGGUGGCGGCAAUGGGAUCCUAAAAUUACCACUCCUCCAGGAGUAUACAUAUGCUCAUACAUAAUCGGGGCUGCUUUAUUCGCCGUCGGGUUACGGCCAACGCACCCCACAGCUUCGUUUUUCCGCUACGGAAACAGCAUUGGAUUGUUCAAUAUCCUUCAACUUAAGCUUAGAAAGCUUAUAGGAUAUAUAUGGAAUGACAAUCUCGUGUCAACGACUAAAAGUUCGGCUGUUUCUGUUUCGCUGAAUUGUCAAGAGCUGUGGGAGAGGAAUCUGACAGUGUUGAAUAUUUGUCUCUUUCCUCCGCUAUUUUUCUUUUCUGGACUCUACUACACAGACAUAGCCGCUCUCUUAAUUGUGGUGGAAGCUUAUAUCUGUGAUUUCAGCCGGAGUCAUCACCGUGAUGCCCGAUCAACCUUUGGUGAUAAUAUGGUUGCCUUAUCCUGGAGAGAUUUCCGGUUCUUGAUAUACGGCUUCCUUUCUCUGACAUUCAGACAAACCAACAUCUUUUGGGUGGCUGUCUUUCUAGGAGGGCUACGGGUUGUGAAAACACUGCAUAGGGUGACAAUUGAUUGUCAAUCCACCGACGUUUGGAGAAUUGCUCAGGGUAGCUGGGAACUCCAUCAACUUUAUGACCCUCCAGUUAGCCAGGCAUCUUUCCAAGACUAUUUAAAAACGUUGGUUUCCUUAGGCACCUCAGCUGUAGCGCAUAUUGCCCAAGUAAUUAUUGCGCUGCUCCCCUACUUACUCUUUCUUGGUGCAUUCGGACUAUUUGUCAUAUGGAACGGAUGUGUAGUUCUAGGCGACAAGGAAUUCCAUACUGCGGGCCUCCACCUCCCGCAAAUGCUCUAUAUAUGGCCAUACUUCAUAUUCUUCUCGUGGCCAAUAGUCUUCAUACCCUUCGCCAUAUCCGUCCUCCAACGGUCCUUAACGAAAACUCUUCUCAGCAUGAAAACUGCAGCAAUUUUUCUUCCAUUAAUGCUAAUAACCGUCCACUUUAAUACUGUUGUCCACCCAUUCACCCUAGCCGACAAUCGCCAUUACGUUUUCUAUAUAUUCCGCAUUCUACUGAGGCAUCCGCUAAUAAGAUAUUUGGUCACGCCCAUUUACUUUAUUUGCGCAUGGGCUGUCCUUGCAACUUUCAGCGCAAACUCUCCAUCAGGUUCAGAAACCUAUGCGCCAGAUGAUAGCAGCUCUAAAAGUAGCCAAAGUCCGCCAACGAAGGCGCGAGAGAAUGAUCCACCUCGAGUUCGAGUUAGUUUUGUUCUUAUCUGGCUAAUAGCCAGCUCUCUUUCUCUGAUUAUGGCACCUCUCGUUGAACCGCGAUAUUUCCUCAUACCAUGGGUGAUCUGGCGGCUUCACGUCCCGCAGCCAUCAACCAGAAUGAACGGGCUCCCAAAUGGUUUCGGGAGGGAAUUUAACCGUGCCAAAUUACUACGAUAUCUUCCUCUACUCUUAGAGACUGCGUGGUACAUUGUCAUUAACGUAGUUACCGGGUAUAUGUUUUUAUAUCGAGGGUUUGAGUGGCCACAGGAACCAGGGCCGGUACAAAGGUUUAUGUGGUGA